GAGGACUACCGCCGGAGGGGCGCCCGCGACAAUGACUUCGUCGUCCCCUUCUCGACGCUCUCGACGAACCUCAUCAGCGGCGGCAACGCCAUGAACACUGUACCGGCGCUGUGCGAGAUCGGCUUCGAGUUCCGCAACCUUCCACGCGAGCCCCUCGCCGCGGUGGAGCAGCGGGUGCGGGCGUACGUGGAGACGGAGCUGCUGCCGGCGAUGAGGGCGGAGCUUGCGGACGCCAAGGUCGAGAUCACGCAGGUGGAGGCGGCUCCGCCCUUUGAGGGCAGCGAGGAGGCGCCCAUCACCAAGCUGGCGCGCGCCCUCACCGGCCACCACACGGUGGAGAAAAUCGCACCUACCACGGAGGCGGGGCACUUCAGCGGCAUCGCCGGCGUCCCAACUGUGGUGUGUGGGCCCCACGGCGGGGCCAUCCACUGCGCAAAUGAGUACAUCACCGCCGCGCAGCUGACGAAGUGCCGCGAGUUUCUGCUGAAGGUGGCGGAGAGCCUCAAGGCCCCCCCUGCCCGCCUGUGA